GAUCGUGUAACCGUCGCGUAUGUGUCUAUUUCGUGGUCGGCCGAGCAAAAAGUCACCCUCCACUACCGGUCGCGCGUAACUUCGAUCGCUCCGAAAUUAUCCGCGCAAGUUAUUCAAACGGCGACAAAAAAGUGCAAGAUUCGGGAGUGGUGCCGCGACAUCGCCGAAAACUCAAAUUGGAAAUUCGAAUUUCUGCGUCGCAAUAUCGUGAAAUCUCGCGACGGUGGUGCGGAUAACCGCGAUUAAUUCUUUCGGACACGACAAGAGAGAGGACUUGACGAUACGUCGCGAAUGAUGCAAAAACACUAUCGUUUCAAAUGAUUUAGACGUGUCAAUAGUGAUCUAAAAUCGCGCGCUCUCCAAAUUUGCAACAAGUUGCAGGAGUGUGCCUUUUUUUAUGUUUUCCUCGACUCUCCGUUUGUUUCUCUUACGCGAGUGUGUGCGUGUUCGUGUGUGUUCGUGAUCGGAAAGGAUUAAUAUCGGUGAUGAUCCUGUGAAGAAGCUGCGAAGUAUCGUUCUCGGUGAUGGCAACCGGACCUUCGAACGUGGAACGGACUGUACACGCGGACGAUCGUAUUCGAAGGAAAUGUGCCCUGUGAUCGUGUUCUCCAAGGAUCUUUUGACGGUUUGACGAGGAUAAAUCCGUGGACGCGGAUGAGGAGUUCGCGGAGAGCAAGUUCGACGAUGAGAGUUUGAGUCGUGCGGAAAGUGUUUUCAAGAGUGCCCGGGGUCCUGGUUCGCGCAUUUCGUCAACGACGAGGGAGCAGAAGACGACGAGUGCUGUAAAAAGGAGGCGGGGCGAGUGUGUCGCUGACACGAGUUGACGCGACACAACGUGACGUGACGUGACGUGACGUGACGCGACGUCGGGGUGUCGAGAUGCCUCGAGAUGAGAUGUUCGUCCCUCUUCGAUCCCUCGCGUCGCUCAUCACGCUUGUACUCUACGCUCUCAGCAGCUGCCAUGCCAGGAUAACCAAUCAGGAAAUCGUGACAAUGACAGAUGCGGAAGCAGUGGUAGGAGAAAUUGCUGAGCUACCGUGCGACGUGAAACCGCCGCUCCCGGGGGACAAGCUGCACCUAGUUAUUUGGUACAAGGAGGAAGCGGAUGCACCGAUAUACAGUUUCGACAUGCGGGGGACGCACAGCUUGGAUAACGGGAAUCACUGGCAGGAUCAAAGCCUGAAAGAACGUGCCUUCUUUAAGCACAGCGAACCCGCGAAGCUCGUCUUGAAAACCGUUCGCGAGAGCGACGCGGCUGUUUACAGAUGCAGGGUCGAUUUCAAGCAAUCGCCGACGCGCAACAGCAAAGUCAAUCUAACGGUGAUCAUACCGCCGGAGCAGCUUAGCAUAUUGGACGAAGACGGAAGGUCUCAUAUUCCCCAUUACAUCCUCGGCCCGUACACCGAAGGAGCGUCUCUCAAUCUCACGUGUGUCGCCGCCGGUGGGCGACCGCAACCACGAGUGACAUGGUGGCAGGGGACUUCUCUACUCGAUAGCAGCUACGAGACCGUGGAUGCUAAAAGGGUCCGCAACGUGCUGCAAUUGGAAAAGUUGGGCCGCGAGCAUCUGCGCACAUAUCUGACUUGUCAAGCUACGAAUAACAACAUGAUAGCACCGAUAACAAGUUCAGUGACGCUCGAUAUGAAUUUGAAACCGCUCUGGGUCCGGAUUCAAGGAGAGAACCGUCCACUUAGCGCCGGCAAGACCUAUGAGAUAGGUUGCGAGGUUGUCGGAGCCAGACCAGAGCCGACGAUCACGUGGUCCAAAGGGAACACGAUACUGCGAAAUGCACGGGAAACGAGGAGUCCUCCUGACGGCAACGUAACAACCAGCGUCCUCACAUUCGUGCCGAGUAUCGAAGACGCCGGCAAGUUCCUCUACUGUCGCGCCAGCGUGCCAGAUAUUCCGGACUCGGAGAUGGAGCAAGGAUGGAAGCUCAAUAUAUAUCACGAGCCUGUGGUUACCCUCGAGCUUGGCAGCAAUUUGAAUUCGAGCGCUAUUCGGGAGGGUAUCGACGUUUACUUCGAGUGCAACAUCAAGUCCAAUCCCUGGGUUUACAAGGUUUCCUGGCGCCAUAACGGCAAUCCGCUGUAUCACAAUCCGACGACCGGAACGAUAAUAAGUAAUCAGAGCCUGGUGCUGCAAAGCGUCACUCGCAGUAGAGCUGGGAUUUACACGUGCAUCGGCAAUAAUCAAGAGGGCGACGGCGAGAGCAAUCCACUGAACUUGGACAUAAAGUUCGCGCCGGUAUGCCAGCACGGCCAGACGAGGGUGUUUGGCGUGGCGAAACAUGAGAGCGCGAAUAUUCCCUGCGAGUUGGAGGCGAACCCGCCGGAAGUAUCGUUCACCUGGAAAUUUAAUAAUACGAUGGAAGCGGUGGACAUACCUCAAGCGAAAGUCAUCAGCGACCGUACGCAUUCGACGGUCUCGUACGAACCGAUUAACGAGCUGGAUUAUGGCACUCUCCUCUGCUGGGGCAACAACGAUCAGGGCAGUCAGCUGGAGCCGUGCGUCUUCCAUAUCGUGCCAGCCGGUGAAAGACUGGCGCAACCCCCCUCGCCGGAGAAUUGCACGAUUCGGGAGGAGAGCCGGACAACGGUGAGGGUGAGCUGCGCCGAGAGCGAGUACUUCGACGCGAACACGGCCACCUACGUACUGCAGGUCUUCGACGCCGACACCAGGCGUCUGCUGGCAUCCGCGACUAGCCUGACGCCGAGUAUGCUCGAGGUGACGGAUCUGCCCGCCGACAGGAGUCAUUCCGGCCUCGUGCUGUCCCUCAGGAUCAUGACGGCGCACGCCAUGAGCGACGCCACGCUCCUCCACAGUCCGCACUUUGUACCGGAGGGUAAUACCCAGGAGCACCAGCGUUACCCAGCCCUCACACCAGUGCUGUCGCUGUCGGGUCCACUAUUGGGCGCCGUGGUAGGAGCCACAGCGGGGUUGCUCUUGGUGAUCUUCGUGAUCGUGUUGGCUGUCAGGCUGCGCUAUCGACCCCGAUCUCAGGAGGACUCUCAUGACGACGGCGGGAUGGCAAAUCUGGCGGCGUCGGGAACCGGUGGUGCCUCGUCCCCCCGUGACAAAUCGUCGACCUUGCCCCUCAGCGCCGAUAGCAUCGAGAGCUUUGAGAAGAAUCCCGAUAUAAUACCACACGCGAAUGAAAAUUCAUACGCGGAACUGUGCAAAGGAACGUCACCACGAUACGUACUACAACAACCACGUCCGGAUACGAAUACCUUCGUGACGACAAACAACCAGGGGCCCGAGCUAACGUAUGCCGAAUUAACGCUGAGAGGAAACCGGCGAAUACCUCCAAAUUGCUACCAGCCCGUGCAAAUCUCCGGCAUCCAACGGCCCCAGCUGCUGCCCAUGUCGACUUUGACGCGAAGACAGCCGAUCCAGGAGCCGACGAUUUACGCGCAAGUCGCCAGUCAUUCUAAACCGAUUUACGUGCCACCGCCACACCCGUACAUGAAUCGUCCUAGCGACGAAACUACGGCGGAAACGCCAUUGAUCGGACACGACAAUAAGAUCACUACGAUCAGUCAUUCGAAUAACUCGAUCUGGCGCACCGACACGCCACCCUGCUCGAACGCACCAACGACAUGAUUCCAGUAAGCUACAUCGUAAUUCACAAUUCCAUUUCACUCCUAAACGUCUCUCAAUGUAUUCCCCUCAGAAAGAAAAAAUAAAUAAAUAAAUAAAAAGUGUA